AUGUCGGCUGCUGCUCGUGAAGGAGCUGCUGCCUCUACCGACGAUCCAUCUUCAUCUGCUGCGUCGGCUGCUGCCAAUGGUAAGCAACACUGUCACUGCAAAAUGGCACAAUCAUGCAGGCACGCAGCUGUGUGUGUGUGUGUGUGUGAUUGUGUUGUAGGUGCCAGCAGUGCAUCGUCACAGCAGCAGCAGCUCCACCACCACCAGGACACCACUCUCAGCGGCGUGUUGGGCGUCGCGACGUUGAUGCCGAGGAUCGCCCAACACGUGACGAGCUACUCACAGCUGGCCUACUUCCGCCUCAUCGACAUCGACCGCCGGCCGCCCAUCUCCCCUGUGCGGGCUGUGUCCCUGACGCCUGACGUCGUGCUGCCCAUCCUGAUGCGGUUGCUGCCUAUUGUGGUGGCGUCACUCGGCCUUUGUGUGUUGGUGGAGGUGCCCAUCCCCCAGCUCAGCCAGGGUGUGGCCGUCACGGUGGCCCUGACCAGGGCCCUCAUCGAACAGCUUAGCCGGCGGCUGUGGAUUGGAGAGGGGCGGCAAGUGGGCCAGAUGGAAACCUGUGCUGGAGAUGCUGUAUGUGCUGAGAGGCAAGAGGCCACUGGUGCUGGGUGAUGACAACUUCGGUGUCUUCGGCAGCCGGGCGGCCUUCAUGAGUGAGACGGAGGCGGUCCGCCAGUGGAAGAUACUCAGCUCGAGGGCCACUUUGAUUACUAUCAGAGACACCUGAUGGACGGCGAUAAGAAUUUCUGCUGCGGCAUUCGCUCAACCUACUAUGUCCCCACCCUCCUCAGCUCGGCCAGCCCCCUCUUUCGUCAUGCACCAUUCGACCUCACCGACCCGCACACACAGCUGGCCGGCGGGGCGUACCCCAACUACACGUCCAUGGUGGCCUUCGAGCUGUUCCGCUGGCUGAUCACCAGCGGCCACAUCAAGCGGAUCAGAGCCUGGGCGACUCACCGUCGUGAUUCUGCUGCAUCCCGGCGUGUGAGUGAGCUGCUCGCGGCCUCUCCCAGCGAUGCGGGGCAGUGGGGGGCGACGGUGGUUGACACGAAGAGGGAGAGUGGAUGGCGUUAUCGGCUGGUGGUGCUUGGCAGUGAGGCGAUGGGCGAGGGGCAGGUGGCAGCUGUUCUGCUGGCAGAUGGGGUGGGAGACUAUCGCUCUGUUGAGAUCUUCACGACCGAGUCGGCGCCCCACGACCAGACUCGCACUGUCGUGAUGAGAGUGCUGGGGUUUCGCCUGGGGAACACGGUGUUGUGGCGCUUCCCCGGCUGCACGUAUGACUAG